AUGAAGGUGUUAGGUUUGGUAGCACUAAUUUUCGUUAUUGUCCAAGGAUGGGCAUCAUUGCUCGCCAUUGACUUUGGACAAGACUAUUCCAAGGCGGCAUUGGUCGCUCCAGGCGUGGCCUUUGAUCUAAUCCUCACCGAUGAGGCAAAGAGGAAACACCAGUCUGGGGUGGCGAUUUCGGCCAAGGACGGCGAGAUCGAGCGCAAAUUUAACUCCCACGCCUUGAGUGCAUGCACAAGGUCGCCACAGAGUUGUUUUUUCGAGCUGAAAAGCCUGAUCGGCAGACAGAUCGACGAGCCCCAAGUGACACGUUUCGAGAAAAAAUAUCGGGGGGUCAAAAUCGUCCCGGCGUCGAGUCAGCGGCGCACCGUCGCAUUCGACGUCGACGGCCAAGUGUACCUGCUCGAGGAGGUUCUGGGUAUGGUUCUGGAGGAGAUCAAAAAACGGGCAGAACUGCACUGGGACCAGACACUGGGCGGAGGUUCUUCCAACACGAUUUCGGACGUGGUGCUGAGUGUGCCAGGCUUUUUGGACCAGGCGCAGAGAACGGCACUUGUGGAUGCUGCUGAGAUUGCCGGGUUGAACGUUGUGGCAUUGAUUGACGACGGGCUUGCUGUUGCUCUGAACUACGCUUCCACUAGGGACUUCGAGCAGAAACAGUAUCACGUGAUCUACGACGUGGGGGCCGGGUCCACGAAGGCGACGCUCGUGUCGUUCAGCAAGGAGAAUGAGACGCUGCGGGUAGAAAACGAGGGAUACGGCUACGACGAGACGUUUGGUGGCAAUCUGUUCACCGAGUCGCUGCAGGCCAUUAUUGAGGACAAGUUUUUAGCGCAGAACAAAAUCAAGCCAGAAACACUCUGGAGCGAUGCCAGGGCCAUGAACAGACUGUGGCAGAGUGCAGAAAAGGCUAAGCUCGUGCUCAGCGCCAACAGCGAGACCAAGGUGUCUGUGGAGUCGCUGAUCAACGACAUCGACCUCAAGGUGGUCGUUUCGCGAGACGAGUUCGAGGAGUACAUGACAGAACACAUGGACCGCAUUGUGGCACCGCUGGCUGCUGCCGUGGGCGACCGUAAGGUCGAGUCUGUGAUUCUGGCUGGUGGGUCCACCAGAGUGCCAUUUGUCCAAAAACACUUGGUGAAAUAUCUGGGCAGCGACGAGCUGCUGAGCAAAAACGUGAAUGCAGACGAGGCAGCGGUGUUUGGAACGCUUCUGGGCGGCAUUUCUGUGUCUGGAAAAUUCCGCACGCGUCCAAUAGAGCUUGUGCAGCAUGCCACCAGGAACUUCGAGCUGGCGGCAGGAGGCCAAAUGACGGUGGUUUUCAACGAGACUACUGCGUCGCGGGAGGCCAGUGUUGCUCUUCCAGGUGUGAAGGAUACGUUUGGGGAUGUCCAGGUUGACUUUUUCGAGGCUGGCCAGCUGUUCGCGCAGUACAAGUUUAAGAACGAGCUCAACAGCACGGUUUGUCCGAACGGCGUGGAAUAUUUUGCAAACUGCACUCUGGACCCGAGAAAACUGUUUGUGCUGCGCAGUCUGGAGGCCGUGUGUGUGGGCGACGAGGCUGUGCGUAGCUCUCUGACAGCCAAACCUUCGCAUCCAGGCUACAAGCCAUUGGGCUCGCUGGCAAAGUACCAGUCUGCCUCCAGAUUGAGAUCGCUCACGAACCAGGACAAACAGAGACAGCAGCGCGACGCGUUGAUCAACAGUCUCGAGGCGUCGCUUUACGAUCUGCGCGGCUACACCGAGGACGAGAAUGUGGUGGCCAACGGGCCUCCGUCGAUGGUGCGCGCGGCACGGAAAAUGGUGUCGGAGCUGCUGGAGUGGCUCGAGGACGUUCCUGCGAAAGCCACGGUGAAAGAUAUCCAGGAAAAGUACGACGACGUGCGUGUGAUGCGGAUCAAGCUGGAGACGUUGGUGAACCACGGCGACAGGCUGCUGAGCUUGGAAGAGUUCACGCGACUCAAAGAAAAAGCGCUGGAGACAAUGUACAAGCUGCAAGACUUCAUGGUGGUGAUGUCGCAAGACGCACUGUCGCUGAGAGCCAACUUCACGGAGUUAGGACUGGACUUUGAGGAGGCCAAUAGACGCGUCAAGGUCAAGGUUCCAGAGGUGGACGAGCAGGAGCUGGAGCAGAGAAUGAAAAGAAUCAGCGAUUUUGUUGGCGUUGUGGACCAUUUCGAGACGCACAAGGACGAGAUCGACACCAAGGACAAAGAGACGCUGUUUGAUCUGAGAGAAACGGUGCUGGAGGAGCUCAAGGAGGUGCAGAGCACAUACCGUGCGCUGAAACAGGCGCACGAGAAGCGCAUCCGGGGUUUGAAGGAGCAACUAAAGAAGGCCGAUAAGAAGCCGGAAGGAGCCGGGGACAAGACACAGGAAACAGAGCCGUCGGGCCACGACGAGUUGUAG